AUGACAGAUUCCGAGAAAGGCCCCGGCUCGGGCCCGAGUACGCAGCAUGAGGAAGUUCCAGUGUGGACCGUACCAACUGGAGUUCAUAUCAAGAGCGAAGCUGAGAAGCGCCUGGUUCGGAAGCAAGACUUUUUGAUAACCACGUUGCUCUCCGGAUGCUUUUUCUUUGCCUAUCUGGAUCGUGGUGCGAUCGGCAAUGCCAGAAUCAUGGGUUUCCAGGCAGCCCUAGGCCUUACUGAUAGACAAUAUUUCAACUGUCUAAUGAUGUUUUACGUCGGUUACAUGGCUUUCGAAUUUCCAGUCUUCAUCAUGAUUCGGCGAUUUCACGCGCCUACAGUUUACGCCUUGUCUGUCAUAGCUUUCGGCGUCGCCGGCCUCUGCACAGCCUACGCGAAAACUUAUGCCCAAGUCUUAGUUUUGCGACUGAUCCUGGGUUGCGGGGAGGCUGCUGUCCAAACCUCGUUCUUGUUCGUGUCCCUGUGGUAUCGCCGGGAGGAGCUUGGAACUCGAUGCGGAUACGUAUAUUGCACAACGCCCGUGGCGGGAGCCAUUGCGGGUCUAAUUGCCUACGGAGUUGGCCAAAAUCUUGAUCGUGGGCCGUCACACCUUGCCCCGUGGCAGUGGCUUUUCAUCAUCGAAGGUAUUCCGACUAUCGCGUGGGGACUCCUUGUCUGGGUCCUCUUGCCUCAGUUCCCAGAGAAUGAAGUCGAGAGUAAAAGGUCAAUCUUCUUCAAGCGCGAGGAAGAGAAGAAGCUGAUCCUCGAGCGGGCUGUUGCAGCUCACUACGCCCUCCACUCAAAAAUGCGCCCAUUUCAAAUGUGGCUAGCCAUCAAAGACCCCAAGGUGUGGAUGAUGGCCCUUGGUGUCGCAACGCAUGCAACCGCCUUGGCCGGGUUCGGCGUCUUCCUGCCCACCUUCUUCCGAGAAUUUGGCUUUGAUCGACUCACAUCCCAGCUCUACACUAUAAUUCCAUACAGCUGCGCGUUCAUUGCUUUGUUGUUCGUAUCUUACGCGUCCGAUAGGAUUCGAAUGCGUGCCGUUCCCUUGCUUGGCCUCACGGCAUUAGCCAUCGUAGGCUUUAUCAUCAUGCUCGCGACGCCAAACGCCACUGCAGGCAUCGUGGGUGCGUGUCUGAUUAGCACGGCAGUAUACCCAGCCAUCGUCUUGUUCGCUGCCUGGAUGCCGAGCAACAACGCCGGCUACACCAAGCGCGCAACGGCGACUUGGAUUUCCCAAAUCACCAUCCAGACUUUCAGCAUCAUGGCCUCCCAAAUUUACGACAAACCGCCACGUUUUUUCACCGGACAUGGCACUCUGCUCGGGUUGUUUGUACUAACCUUCGUCUUCAUUCUCGUCAUUGUCCUGUUGAUGAAGCUGGACAACCGGAAAAAGGAGGAAGCGGCGAGGCAGUUCGAAGCGACGGGGAGGUAG